CCUUCUUUUGAGAGCACUCUCUUAAACCCUUGGCCAGAGCAUAGAAUCCAGAAACGCAGAGCGAAGAAGAAGCAAAAGCAAAUGGUGAACAAAGCAUGGAAGAUCAUUCCAAGGCCUUUACUCGAAACAGUCCUCAACAAUCACGCCCAACACCACCGUGUUCCUCAGCCCCUGAUUCUCCACGGCCCCCGUGGCGUCGGCAAAACCACUCUUAUCCUCGACCGUCUUCUUGGUGAAUGGAAUAAAGGUCCUCACUUAACCGGCUAUGUCGACUUCGCUCAAUCCAUUAAAGACCACCAUCCUAAUUUCGAUGGCUCAUUUCCUUGGUACUCUUGGUCCUCCUGUGAGUUACCGUCUUUAUCCAGCUGCCGAACCCAGCUCGAGAACUGUCUCGAGUCUAUGGCUCAUAAAGGCAUCAAACUUGGAACCAUAAGUUCACAUCAAAUCUUUACUACUCUCAACAAAUGGCACGGUAUUAACACUGCCCUUCGCCGGAUACUAAACCAAAACGCUUCUAAAACUGCUAUUUCUGAUAAGGUUUCCAGCUCGGGUUUAUGGGAUCGAGCCGUUUUUGCUUUAUCUGCUAGAUAUAAUGCCUCAGAGAUCGAUGGGGUUCUGGAUUUUCAAGAGAGAGGGAAGACUUUGUCUGUCGACGAGGCUUCUUAUUUGAAGGAAGCAGUUGUGGCGUUGAGAUUGGCUAAGGAGGUGAUUAAAUUGCAGCAAAAGUGGAGAGCUAAUGCCAUUGCUGAUUUGAAUAGGAGUGGACGGUUUUCGAGGUCGCUGGCAAAUUCAUGUACUGAUUGGCCUUGUUUGUUGCUUGAGUUGAUCUCUCAAGCUGCUGAGAUUGACCAUUUUCAGCCGAAGUUGGUCAUAAAUAAUGUUGAGAUUCUUCGGAAUGCAAUUUUGAUGGAAGAGACAACGGUGUGUGGAUCAAUGUCGGUGUGUGGAUCAAUGUACCAUGACAGUUUGAUUUGGAGAAUAAUUGCUUUAGGAGCAAAUGAGCGAUGCCUGCCUGUUAUACUUGUGACAUCAGAUAGCUAUUAUUCAUAUCAAGCUUUCAUGGAUUUCGGGUUUCCAGAUAUAUUCAUCUCUCGUGAGACAUUUGGUUGGGCCCCACAAGAAGCUAAAAUGCACAUGGUUACUGAUUAUUUCACCCAUUCAGAGUGGAUGGUGAUUGAUGAUGUGCUUGGGCCAAACCCUCGACAUCUAUUUGAGCUUUAUGUGCUCAAACAAAGCAAUUAUUACCAAAAGUUGAUGGACAACGAGGCAAGUACAUUUGAAGACAUUGUGGAUGCAUAUUUAGCUUAUUUGCAGGCUACUGUUGUCAAUCCUUCAAUGGAUAAAGCAUUGAUGAUUCUGCAAAAAUUUGCCAUUGAUGCUCAAAGUGGAAAGAUUUUAGAAGAUAAAUUGCGUUUUGGUGCUCCUUGGAGACACCCUCCAUCAUCCAAUGACCCUGCUAAACGUAAGGAAUGGGCGAAGAUUCAACUAAUGGAUUUUGUUCAAUCUCUAGUUAAUGCAGAAUUUGGUGUUAAUUAUCUAGCUGACUGCAGCCUAGAGAUCUUGGAUGAUCCAGCUGCCGUUGCGUUAGUGGAGGUUGGCUUGCUCUAUGCUCAGAGGGAUCCCUCUUUCUUUCGCCCCAUCUCUAAAGGUAUUCAGAGGUGUCUUGCAAGAUGGCUUGUCCAGAAGCGCUUGCAGUUGAGUUACCAAAACUUGCUUCAGUAUUUUUGGCAGAGGAUUAUACGUGGUCGUAGCUACCGUCAUUUGAUGCUGCAAGUGGGCUAUGAUAAAUACUAGAAAAGAGGAGGGGAUGCAGCACAUAUCAAUCCAAGAUCGUCUUGGCAUAGAUGUAGUUCAAAGCUUCACAUGAAAUGUAGUUGAGCCUUGAUGUUUUUCCAUUAUCAAGUGUUAAUUUACUACACGGGGACAUUUAGUAAAUAUGUCAAAGCUUCAACGUUAUUGUUAUGGUCCAACAUGACUACCAUUUCUUUGGGUUUGAGAACUAAGAACUUGACUCAACUAAUUUGCAUAUAAAUUUGAUACGAGAGACAAGUUUUGAUACGUAAAAAGGUGAGC